UUUUCCUUAAUUCUACAGGAAGUAGAAGUUGUUUUUUUUCGGUACCGUACACGUGAAGACUUUGAGGUUUGCAUGCUGUAACGCUGUACGUCCUCUGUUGUGGAAAACCUCUGGAAAUAUGGGCAAAAAGGGCAAAAAGGAGAAAAAAGUGAAAGGUGCUGAAAAAACGGCUGCAAAGAUGGAGAAAAAAGUCUCAAAGCGAUCAAAGCAAGAGGAGGAGGACAUUGAAGCACUUAUAGCUGAAUUCCAGUUGUUAGAUGCUAAGAAGACUCAAAUUGUAGAAACAGCCUGUCCUCCUCCAUCUCCAAGGCUGAAUGCCUCCCUCAGUCCUCAUCCUGAGAAAGAGGAAUUAAUUCUUUUUGGAGGUGAAUAUUUCAAUGGACAAAAAACAUUCCUGUACAAUGAAAUGUUCUUUUACAAUUUAAAGAAGAACUCCUGGACAAAAGUGGAUAUCCCCAACCCUCCACCUCCUCGGUGUGCCCAUCAGGCUGUUGCUGUUCCACAUUCUGGUGGACAACUCUGGAUUUUUGGAGGAGAAUUUGCUUCUGUAGAUGGUGAACAGUUUUACCACUACAAAGACCUUUGGGUCCUGCAUCUGCAAACAAGAACAUGGGAGCAGGUCAAGGCAUCUGGAUCACCUUCAGGCAGGAGUGGACAUCGAAUGGUAUACUGCAAAAGACAAUUAUUUGUCUUUGGGGGCUUUCAUGAAAGCACAAGGGAUUAUGUUUAUUUCAAUGAUGUAUACACCUUCAAUCUUGAAAAUUUUACCUGGUCCAAGCUGUCUCCAUCUGGUAAUGGACCUUCUCUACGAUCUGGUUGCCAGAUGGCUACAACACCUGAAGGAGGCAUUGUCAUUUAUGGUGGAUACUCCAAAUUAAGAGCAAAAAAGGAUGUAGACAAGGGUACCAUACACACAGAUAUGUUCCUGCUGAAAAAUGAAGGCAAUGAGGGCCAAGAAAAAUGGGCAUGGAGUCGAUUGAAUCCUUCUGGAGUUAAGCCAACGCCCAGAUCUGGAUUCUCACUUGCUGUUGGUCCUAACAACCGAGUGGUGUUGUUUGGAGGAGUAUAUGAUGAGGAGCAAGAUGAAACACUGGAGGGAGAAUUUUUUAACGAUUUGUAUUUUUAUGACAUGGUGAAAAACCGCUGGUUUUCUGGGCAACUCAAGGGGCCAAAAUCACACAAAAAAAAACGCAGAAGGGGAAAGAAGCAGGAGACUGACACAGCUAUUGGAUUUUUGGGUGGAGAUGAGGACGAGUCUCCAAAACCAGAAGAAAUUGUGAAAGAAAUAGUGGCAGAAGAUGGGACGAUUAUGACUAUCAAACAAUUAAUGCCAAUAUCCACUUGUCAGGAAGAACAAUCAGAUUCAGAAAGUGAAGAAGAUGAAGAGGACUGUACUUCUGAAAAAAAUGUGUUGGAGCCAUGUUCCCGUUCAAAUGCUAUGACUACUGUUAAGCAUGGCAUCCUUUAUGUAUAUGGGGGCAUGUUUGAAGUGGGGGAUCGUCAGUUUACCCUAAAUGACUUUUAUGCUAUUGACUUAAACAAAAUGGAUGAGUGGAAAUUACUUGUUGAAAUGGACCCAAAGACCCAAGAAUGGCUAGAAGAAUCUGAGUCAGAAGAAGAUAGCAACCUUGAAGGAGCAACAGGAGGUAAUGAAGAAGAAGAUGAAGAAGAUUCAGAUGAAGAUAGCAAUGAUGAUGAUGAGGACCACCCUCCAGUGGAAAGUGGAGAACAAUAUUCUGAUUAUCUGAACAGGACAGAGCAAUAUUGGAUUAAGUUAGCUCAAGUAAAAAUGGGCCCUGAUGCCAAAGAAAAAAAAGUCCUGAAGGUGGCACAUGCUAUGACAAAGAUGUUCUAUGAUGGAAUCUGAAUUUGUAUUUAAUAGAAUCUUCAUUGGCCACUAACACUCUGUCAAGUGAGAAGUCAGCAGCUACUUUGUGGCUGGUACAGUCUGCUUCUUUUUAUAUUUAUCAAUGCCGUUUGUUAAAGGUGUUGCUAUUGUAUUAAAAUGUAAGUCAGAUAAUUUUCAAGCACUGUUACAGUAAUAAAAUUAAACCUAUCAACAGAUUUCAUACAGAAUAAAUGGCAGUAUGAAUUCAGUAA